AUGCAUACUUUCUUCUUCUGCGAAUUUGCUAGAAAGGUCUGGGCUGAGAUACCUCUGAAACACACAGUUCACAUAGCUGUAGAUGAGACCUUCAAAACAGCCAUCACCCGGUUCCGUAAAGCGAUUUGCCUCCCACCGGUAGGAGUAACGACUAAUAUCAUGCCCUGGACCUGUUGGAUGAUCUGGAAGGAAAGGAACACGCUAAUAUUUGAAGGCAAGAGUCGAACACCUGAAGAGAUCGCAGCAAAAGCACUAGGGUUAGCUAGAGAAUGGAAGCAAGCUCAACAAAUUCAACAAACCAAAGGAAAAAAGAUACCUUCUUAUCGACAAGAUCAGAGAUCACAACAGGACCUAAUUGAAUGUCGAACUGAUGCGGCGUGGGACAAAGGACAGCGAAAGGCGGGACUCGCAUGGAUCUUCACAGGGCUACAGAAUCCAGCACAAAAUCGAGGUCACACAACACAAGAUUUUGUCAAUUCCCCACUAAUUGCGGAGGCACUAGCAGUCAGAUCAAGCCUCUGUAUGGCGGCAACAAUGAAGCUCUCAAAGCUCAGGGUUUGCUCCGACAGCUUAACGCUCAUAGCAGCAAUCAACAACAAACAACAGAUGAAGGAAAUUGUGGGUAUCGUCAGAGAUAUUCAAGAAAUCUCCUCUGAGUUUGAUUUUAUCGUUUUUUCUCAUAUUCCACGCAAGAACAAUGAAAGAGCAGACUCUUUGGCUAAACAGGCCCUUAGAGCUGCUUCUGUGUAA